AUGGAUCACGUUGGUUCCGCCCAUUCCUAUCUGAUGCCUUUCCCCACUGCCCGGGCAAGAGAAAAGCGGUGGGCCAGCCCAUUGCGGUAGGGGGUGGAGGGUGUAAGGCCGCUUUCUCUGUAUUAAAUCUACUCCCCCCCCGUUUAAGGGGUUCGAUAGUCUGUUCCCCUAUCACAUUUGGAGGAAGAAACGGCUGGAAAACAGCGCAAUGCCUGUCCAGCCUCUGCCAAAAGAGAUGGAGGCGGAAGGAGACUCUACGGCAGAGAUGAACGGCGAAGAAGAGAGCGAGGACGAACACAGUGGCAGCCAGUCUGAAUCUGAAGAGGAGAGUUCAGAGAUGGACGAGGAGGACUGCGAGCGGCGCCGCAUGGAGUGCCUGGAUGAGAUGCUGGACUUGGAAAAGCAAUUCACUGAGCUGAAAGAGACGCUUUUUAAGGAGCGCCUCAGCCAGGUGAAGGCGAAGCUGGAGGACGUGAUGUCGGGAAAGGCGGCAGAAUAUCUCGACCCUCUGAGGGUCCUGCAGGAUCGCAUGCAGAUUCGGAUUGAAGUGGCCGGAAUCUACCGAGGUUUCUGCCUGGAAGUGAUCCAUCACAAACAUGGCUGUGAAGUGCAAGGAGCGCAGCAACAUUUGGAGAGUGAGAAGCUGAUGCUCUUCGACACCCUCCAGGAGCGCUUAUUGGAACGGAUCCAGCGUUUGGAGGAUGACCGGCACAGUGUCGGCCUCACGUCAGAAUGGUGGGACGACAAGCUCCAGCCGAAGCACAGCUCCAAGGAUUGGGACCCUCUACGGCCCGGAAAGAGGAAGAAACCGCCGCUGGUGUCCGGUCCGUACAUUGUCUACAUGUUGCAUGAGAUGGACAUCAUGGAGGACUGGACUGCCAUCAAGAAGGCUAAAGCUGCAGUCUCGCCCCCGAAGAGGAAACUAGAAGGCCCAGUGAAAGCCGAAAAGCUGCCUUCUCCAUCCCUCUUCUCUGCGCACUGUGAAGACGGCCACCUCCAUUACGAAGGCGAAGUCUACGUCAGAGGGCAAACUGUCUCUUUGCACGUGGGGGACGAGGCGCCUGUCCAGGCGGUCAUUACAGCCAUCAGCACAGGAGAAGUUUGGCUUCGCAGGGAUGAUGGCACCAAGACCAAACUCUACAUGUCCCAGCUUCAGAAGGGCAAGUACUCCGUGCACAGGAUCUAGGAAUUUGGGACCCCCACGACGGGGGCCACAGACUCUGGCUCCCCCCGGGCUUCUCCCGGAACCCUCCAGGCCGUUCUCUUGUGCUUCUCUCGCUUGGAAACCGAGGGGACCUCUAGCCGAAGCUGUGUCCCGUCGCUGCCUCUUUUGAUUCCCGUCCGGGGACAGAAGGGAGAACCGCUCACUGUGACGAAUAUCCCAGACCAGCCUUUCUUGGUCAGAGGACACCGGCCUCCUUGCCGCGCAUCAAGUUGAUGGUAACGCCUGCGAUGCUCCUGCUACGAGCCGGACUGCGCUUGCCAAGCGUGUUUGGCUUCUGUUUGGCAGGAAGUCAGGGCUGGGGUGGCCGGCAGUGCCUCUGUCUGGAAGCCACCACCCCCACCCCCCAAAAAUAAAACACCAAAGUGAAAUCCA